UAGUAUGUGCCGGUGAGGACACCAUUUGUUUCUUGUAUCAAAUAGAAAGUCAGACGGCAAAAGCUACUUAUUUGCAUACGUUCCUUAUAAAUAGAGGGGUAGCCAUGCUCUCAGUAUACUAUUGUUCUUGAGCUAUACUGUUAUCGUAAACUGCUACUAUGCCAGAGCCAGCAAAAUCUGCUCCGGCCCCUAAAAAGGGUUCUAAGAAAGCUGUGACCAAGACUCAGAAAAAAGGAGAUAAGAAAAGAAGAAAAACUAGAAAAGAGAGUUACUCUAUCUACGUGUACAAGGUAUUGAAACAAGUUCAUCCUGAUACCGGUAUCUCUUCUAAGGCCAUGGGGAUCAUGAACUCUUUUGUAAACGACAUCUUCGAGCGCAUCGCCGGGGAAGCAUCUCGCCUGGCGCAUUACAACAAGCGUUCAACUAUCACUUCCCGGGAGAUCCAGACCGCUGUGCGCCUGCUUCUGCCGGGGGAGCUGGCCAAACAUGCUGUGUCUGAGGGUACCAAAGCCGUCACCAAGUACACCAGCUCCAAGCUCUUCAAUCCUAACUUGAUGCGGCUGUUGUUCUUCUCCACAUCGUACCCUCCGGCGGCCAAAGCCUUCUUAAGAGCGGCUAAAGAGAGCCCUUUGCGCUCCUUGGAAGCGGACACUGCCUUAGUGAUCAGCUCAGUGACGCUGGGACCCGAAGCUUUACGGGCUUUUGAACCUCCUGCCGCCUUUUUCGGCUUUUUAGUGGAGAUUUUUGCCCCAGGAGCGGACACAGCGGGAGUGGCAACAGGCGCAGUUUCCGACAUUCUAACAGACGUUUCCUACGAAUCAGAAGAAAACAAUUGGGCCAGAUAUAUCCGCCACCGAAUCAUCCCCACUUUAUAGCCUGGUGAAGGGGAAAGAGGGUAUUUUCAUUCAGUAGAGUUUCCCGUUGAAGAAACAAAAGGUGAGUUUUAAAAGAGUCAAUAAACUGCGAGUCCUGGACCCGGGGAGACCUCGGGAGAGAGAAACUUUUGUUUUUCCUUCUAAAUAAAAACUGCACCGUGUACAAAGAAAUUUCUAAAGUAAUGAAACGUUAUUCUUUAAAGGGUCUUCUCUCAAUCAAGGCUCAAAGCCAGAAAUUUGAAUCAAUGUUUUCAUAGUAAAUUGAUUUCAAAGAGAAGGAAGUAACACAAACUCGUCCCUAAGCGUUGAAUAUGGAUUAGAAAUCAGCUUUUUUGACCAAAAUCUUUUACCCUCCUUAAAACGUGAAAUGUUCAAUUAGCAAACCAUGGAACAAUGCGAGGAGCAGAUUGAAGUCCCGUGAGGGACUCUUUGUGCCCCAAAAGUGGAUGACUUG